CAGAAAUCAGCUGGGCAACCUCCUGGUAGAGCUCUGAGCAGCUCCGGAGGGGGCCACCUGCCCGUGCCGCAGGCAUGGCCAACAGGACCAAUGCCUCCACCGCAUACUACAGCUACGAAUACUACCUGGACUACUUGGACCUCAUUCCCGUGGAUGAGAAUAAGCUGAAAGCCAACAAACAUUCGAUCGUCAUCGCCUUCUGGGUGAGCCUGGCAGCUUUCGUGGUGCUCCUUCUCCUCCUGCUGCUUUCCAUGUCCUGGUCAGCCUCCCCGCAGACAAGGAACAAUGUCCAGCACCACCCAACGUGCCCCUGGAGUCUCGGCCUCAACCUCCCCUUCUGUGUCUGGAAGCAACCCCAGCACCACGGGGCCCCCCAGGGGACCCGCCGCCUCUACCGAGCUCGGUCGAGGAACCAGGUGGCAGAGCAUCGGGCCCCGUCCAGCAGCUGCAUCGGGCCCCGUCCAGCAGCUGCAGCGGGAGAGUCCCUCUACCUCGGCCCCCCUCCACCCCCCAGGGCCACCCUGCUCUCCUCUGGGAACUGGCCCUCGAUGGGGACCCGCACGGCACCAGCUGACGUCCGGAACUUCAAGCCCAGUGAGCCUCCCCCGCAGACAGAACCUCUCGAUGGUAGAACCAACAACCCAAACCAGGGCCAUUGCUGAGUGAGCCGGGGAACUCAAACCAACCUGGACACACACGUGCCCUCUGAAAGCCUGUUUACAGGUAGCAAGUUGUGCAACUAGGUCAAGAAUGACUGUACAAGGGGGCGCAUGUACGCAUUUACCCAAGGCUGGCAACAGCCCAUCUGGACGAGGGAGGAAGACCCAAAUAUUGCUCAUUUUAUUUAGUGCACUUAACCUGUCUACUUACUGCUUAUGCCUGCUUUGGGAAGGAUAGAAAAGUAAAAUAUGUAUGAAUUAAGAUUAA